AUGAAUUACAUAAAUGCAGGUUUUGCAUCAGUUUUUACUAUACCUUUCAAGCUAGAUAGUGGAAUAAGCUCAAGUGAUUACUUUAAAUUAGUAUUUCCUUUUAAAUUACACAACUAAGAAUAAUAUGGUACACCAAACGGAAAUAUUCCUGUUAAUUUGAUUGCCUCCUAUGCUGUUGCUUCUGGUGGAUAUUUAUGCGGAACUGGAAAUUAUAUUAAUGCAUAAGUAAAUAUUAAUGUUGUUAAUGGGCAAAAUUAAGAACCUACUGCUUAUUACAUUUCCUUUUAAGAUGUGUUAGGAAAUCCUAUAAGCUUACUUGCAAACUAAUACUACUAUUUAAAAUUAUAAUUAACUGGAAGUAAUGUGAACGUUCAAUCUCCAGGUAUUAAAGUUCCUAUUUAGGCAUAUACUGUAAGCAGCAUUUCAAGUAUUGCAAUAGUUUAUGACAGAAAUCCUAGCUUUACUAAUAUAGCACUUGGAGAUUAUCCUUUAAUGGAUUUACAACUAACAGUAACAAUACUAAACUAAAACACUGCCAAUAUGAUUGGGGCUCUUAAUACAGUUUAUGUUGAUGUAGGAGUCAAGUAAUAAAUAUAAGAUUAAGCAAGAAUAGAAAUUAAGUUUUUAAAUAAUGAUUUUACUUUUAAUACAAAUUGCUCAACUGGAAGUUAAUUAUAAAAUCCUUACAUUCCUCCCUUACCCUCUUCCUAGUACAAAUGUGUUUACGAUCCAUCUUAGAAUACAAUUACUUACUCAAUUUUAAGAACAGUAAAUGCUAAUGAGAUGUUUAGGUUUGUGGUAAAUGUGUAAAAUCCUAAUUAUGUUCCAUAGUAGGCAUAUUUAUAAGUUAGAACUUUAUUAUUCAAUUAAAACAAUAUUGUAGAGAUUUAAAAUAGCAAUUCAAUAUUUAGUGUGAAUCAAAUUUAAUUUAGUUCAUAAAAUAUGCAGUUAGGAUGGGGCUUAGAAUAUUCUUCUUCAGCAUUUAGCUUCUAUCCUUUUAAUCUUCAGGUAUUGCGUUAAAGUAAUUAGAAUCCUGAUUUUAUCCCUUAUAAUGCAUUCCAGUGGUUAUUUAAAAUAUCUCAAGACUUGCCUGACAAUAUUAGAGUAUAGGUUUAAAUCUAAGUCCCAAAUAAGUUAAAGACUUUUGUUUUACCAGGAUCAAUAAGCAAUACUUUACCAAGCUAUACAGGAUUAAACGUUUAUUGUUAUUUAAAUACUUUAACUGAUCCUACCUAGUCAGUAAUAAUAUGUGAGAAUGUUGGUAAAAUGCUAGCAUCUACUUAAUACACAAUUGGUUGUCGUAUAACAUUUCCUUAUGAUUUAUUUACUUCACCAUUAGAACCCAACUUUGGUACUAUUACUCUAUAUGCUGUUGACAUAAACUCAGGAAAUCAGAUUGGACAAGCUCUUUCAGUAAGCUAAAAUGCUCUUUAAAUUGUUUCUACAAACAACAAUCAAAAUUGGUCUAUAGGAACAACUAAUAAUUUGGAUUACACACUUUUUUCUACUGCAGCACUUACAGACACAGUAAAUUCUGCUAAUUUAAACAUUUUAGGCGCAGUUCCUUCAGCAUCUAGCACUACUCUUUAGUAAUUCAUAUUUACUAUGAAAAUUCCUUCUACAACCAUAACUAGCACAGUAGGAAAUAUACCUAAUGGAGCUGGUCUUAUUAUACUAGCAAAUCCUAAUGUAAUAUCACUUCAAGCAAGUGAUUCUCCUACAAUAACUACCAGCAACGAUUCAUAAUUAUAAAGCCCUUUAAAUCUCUUUACUUCGGUUCAAAUUAGUGAAAGAGCUUCUUAUUUGAAAAUUAAAAUUACCUCUUUUAAUAGUUAAGAUUUAGAUCUGAUUUUUAAUGGAUCAAGUCCAAAUUGCUAUUUCAAGAUAAAUAGAGGUAGAGUAAUUAGACAUUCUUCAUAUUAUGCUGAUUAGUAUCUGAUGGACUUUUAUAUUGCUACAUUUGAUCAAAUAAAUUCACCUAAUCCUAUAUUAAAGAAUGUUUUUCUUUAUAAUGCUUAUACAAUUAACACAGGUGGACCAGCUAACAUAAGAUAUGGUGUAAGUAAUUACAUGACUAAAGCAACUCCUACAGAUGGAACAUAGUUACCAGUUAUUUUACGUAUAGCUGGUUAUUUUAGUGCUUCAGACUUAGGCUCAGCUCGUACUAAGAUUGCAAUAUUCUUUAAAAAUCUUGAGCCUUUCUAUUCAAAUUCUAAUUCUAAUUAUAAUAUCUAAAUACCAUGUUUUUCAUCAUUAACAACAUAAUACACUUGCAGCUAUUUUACUUCUGGAUAGAACGGUGGAAUAGUCUAAGGUUAGAGCUAUGCAAAUUAUCAUAGGAUUGAGAUCUAAUUUUAAAAGAUUCCUACUGGUGCCAGUGAAAAAUUUUAACUAAUUAUACCUCUCAAGGCCUUUGCUAACAAGUAAAACAGUAAUGUAAUUAUCUAUUUAGCUGGAUUAUAGACAAGUAAUCUUUACAGUUCGAACAGCAAUCUUAACUAAAUAACUUCUAUUUAUAGACUAACUGGCAAGAAUAAUAUUGUUCCAAGUAAUUAAUUAUUUUAAAACAUAAUUGCAGCUAGCUAAACUACAGGAUCUUAUAAUUGGGUUCUGGCUUCUGGGUCUAGAGUUGGUUUGAUGAACACUAAUUUGUAAUUUAAAAUUAAAAGUAAUACAGUUAUAAAUGGUAAUAAAUAAAGUAUACCAUAUUUAAAUGGAGCUAGCUUUACUUUAUGCUCUGAGUGGAAUUAUUAUACAGCAAGUUCUACAGCAUCUUUUCCACUUGGAUCUUAAGAUUCUACUGGAUCAUGCCUAAGCUUUAGCUAUCCUUUGAGCUUUACUGGAACUACUCCAAAUUAUAGGUAUGGAGUAUAUUGUCCUUAUGAGUAAGGAUCAAUCACUAUUUCAACAAUUCUUUAAAUUAGCUAUGCAUUUUUACCAUAUAUAAACGGUAACAUGCCUCCUUCUAAAAAUAUGCUCGCUUGGUCAAACAAUGAUGGUAUUUUAUCUGAAAACUAGUUUGGUGUAACAGGUUUUACUGCUAUGACAUUAGGAAAAAUUAUAGUUGCUCCAGUAACAAAAUCUCUAACAGUAGGAAGAUAAAGAGAGUACUUUUCUGUAUAAUUCACAACAUAAAACCCUAUUGUUUCGGGAAAUUAAAUAACUUUGACAUUCAAUACUGCUGCAGCAUUUACUGACUUUAGUUUAUAGACUGUAGCUAAUCCUUGUAAAUUAUCUGAAAUGAAUACAGGGAUUCAAUAAGCAACUUGCUCAGCCUCAAUUAAUUCGGCAAAUAAAUAACUGAACGUUAUAAUCACAAACUGCUAAAAUUGUCUAAAGAGUGGUGGGUCUACAUAUACUUUAACAAUUUAUGGAAUCUAAAUGAACAAUCCAGCAAUUACACCCCCUACCAAAUUUGGAAUAACACUUUAUGCAUCUUCUGCUGCUACACCUCUACUAAUAGUUGACCAAUCAGCCAGUAUUAAUGGUGCAUAGCCACUAACAUAUAUUAAUUCUAGUCCUGCUACAGAUCCUACAAUUGUUUUUCAAAAUUUGUAUAUGGGUUGCUAAAAUCAAAGGUGUAGAACUUUAAUGUAUUUUUCAGUUACUUUUACCAAUAGAAUAGUGGCGGUUGAUGAGUAGCUCAUUUUAUCUCUUGGUGGAUAUGCCAAAGAUAAUGUGGUUUACCAGAGUAAUCUUGUCUGCCAGAUAUAAAAUCCUAUUGUAGCUCCAAGCACAAUAGGAACUCCUUCUUUUAGCUGGUUAUCUAUGGAUACCACAACUUUAUCUUAGAUAUUAAUUAUUCCUAAAAAAGAAAUUCCAGCCAAUUCCUAAUUUUUAUUUUAUUGUGAUGGUAUUAGAACUCCAUAUUCUAUAAACCCAGCUUAAAUUAAUGGAUUUAUAUCACCUCAAGGUUCUGUUUUGUAGAUUUACAGUGGUUUUUUGAGUAGUACUGUAUAUUCACAGAUUAAACCCUAAAGUUUAUUCCCUUCAAAUAAUUUAGCAGUUUAGUAUAAACAGCAUAAUACAGUAGGAUCAAGUGUCGUCUUUAACUUUAACAUAACUUCUGAAAAAAUUAAUAUUGUAUCAAGCACAAAUAUACUGAUCAAUUUUCCUACAACUUAUUCACCUCUUUUAACUUCAAGUUAUAUUUAUUGCCUUAUGAAUAAUGUGUUUGUGAGCUGCCAAAUAGUGAUGCCAUAUACUAUUUUAAUUACUUCUUUACCUUUUAGCAUAACAGUCAACAAAUUUUUUAAUAUUUAAGUGUUUGGAGUUGAGUAAUCAAGUAUAUUUUACAGUAACUACAUGAGUAUAUUUGUUGGAAUAAGUAAUCAAGCUUCCUACACUAUCCUUGAUGAAUUUGGAGAUGCUAAUGAUAUUCAGCCAAGUACAACUCCUUAGAGAGUUUGGAUUACUAAAUUAAGUGUUUCCAACAAUUACAUUCGUAACACAGCUAAUUAUGCUCUUAAAGUUAAAGUACCUGCUGGCUCAGUUGUUUAAGGCAAUUACUUUUACAUAGAUUUUCCUGUAGUUUGGGAUAGAAUAAUAAAUUAUAUAACUCCAUUAUGUUUCUUAUAUAAUCCGUUAAACACAACUGACUAUUCUACUGACUGCUAAACUUUCGGAAAUAGAAUUACUAUCCCUGUCAUUUAAACAGAUUAAAAUGCUAACAAUUUUUAUUAUAUUGUGCUCCAAAAUUUAAGAAAUCCUGAUUAAAUUGCUUGUGAUGCUGGUAAAAUGAUUAUAUCUAUCUCCUAAAACAACGGAAACUCAAUAGCAUCUAGAUCAUCUUCCAAUUUAUGGAAUAUUGUUGGUUUACCUUUCUAAAAUAAUCCCUCUCAGAUAAACUUAAACUGGGUAGAUCCUAAUACUGGAUUGGCUAUUACAUAAGUAUCUGCCUAUGUUGGUAUUUUUAACAAUUUAGUUACUGUUGGAAGUGAUUAUGGUGCCUUUUUAAAAGCAUUUUAUAUCAAAACUUCUAACAAUUAAUUUUCUCUAAGCCCAGCAUAACCAACAGCUUCAUUAGGAUAUCCGACAGCUCAAUUCUAAAUUGCAGCUAAUAGUACCACUACUCAAGGUCUUUUCUUAGUUUAGCUUCAGAAAUCAGAUGAUUAAGGUGCUUAGACUGCCCUUCCUUUUUUAAAAAUUCAGGUUAUUGCAUAAAAAUUUUCUUUAAAUGUGCAAGAUUUAGUAUUCAAAAUACCUGUCUCAGGUCAUUCUCUACCUAUAUUGAUAGACAUGCUAAACUGUUAAAGUUUAUAUGAUACACUACUUUAAGGUACUCUAUUUGAUCCUACUACACCUUUAUAAUCAGCUGCAGGACUUAAUUUUGUAAAUAAAAGCAAUAUAAUUUUAAAUUAUAAUAAUCCCUAAGCUUUUUACAUGGUCUCGUCAAAUCCUAAUAGUGCAGUUUUAAAUAGCAAUGGAUAAAUAAAUAUAGUCCUAACUACACAAGCCUUGUAAUUCUAUAAUAGCUUUCCGUAACUAACUUAUCAAAUCAUACCAGAUAAAACUAUAGCACCCAAAGCAUAAUUACAGAUAUCUUCGACAAGCACUGACAAGGGUGCUACUCAUUUGAAAAUUGUUAUAGGCUGUAAUUAAGAUAGUACAUUUUAUUAUGUUGCCUCAAUUUAUGGAGCUUAAAAUGUAUCACCUUAAUUUGUCAUAUAAAACGCAUGGAGUUUUACUAUAUCUAACUUAUUGAAUGAUCCAUAUAAUUAUCAUUAUGGAUUUACAAAUAUUAUACUCGGAUCUGGAUAAGUAGAGAAUGUUGAUUUUUAAACAAAAACCGUUCAAGUAAAUAAAUUAAAACCUUCUACAAACUACAAUAUUACUGGUUUUUGUGUAAAUGGUAAUGAUUUAUUUAGUUCAUCUUAGACCAUCUAAGUUACCACAAAAGGUAACUCAGGAAUAUUUUUGACAAUAAGCUUUACAUUUUCAUAGGUGGUAUUAUAGGAUAUGGCUAAAUAAUUUGCAUGCUUUUUAACAUCUUAUCUAAAAGUACCAGCUCCAUAUUUAAGAACAUAAUAUAAUGAUUAUUGCGAUUUGACAACAGGAAGUAGAAUACUCAGCUAAAAUUAAUAAUUUUAAAAUUAAAACUUCUUAGCAAAAGAAAUUGAGCAAAACUUUGAAAAUAGAUUCUUAGACUCAUCGAAUUCAGGUUAAUCUGGAUAAACUUAAACUACAAAGAUUUAUAUCUAUCCUAUAUAUGAGUUUGAAAAGGAUACCAUAACUCCUCAAAUAUAAAUAAACGGUAUAAAUCAAAAUUUAUUGACAACAUAUGCAUAUGGUAAUAUAACUGGAUUACCUUCCAUAACAUCAGUUAGUUAACCAACUUUAGGAGAUUAUUUGAUACCAAAUAUAGUUAAUUAAACUUUUAUUAUUGCCAAUCCUGGUUUAGAUAACGUUAAUAUUACAGGUUUAUAGUGUGAUUCUUACUGUGUCUUUUACGGAAUGGUUGAUUUAGCAAGUGUGCCAACACCAACCUAUUAUGAUAUCAGAACUGGAUAUCAAGGAAAAAGUUCAUCUAAUGCUACAUUCUAAUUCAGCUAAAAAACUUACAGCAAUUCUAUAUUAUAUUUUUCUUUUUCUAAUCUGUAAAAAAAUACAAUGUAUUCAUUUUUUUACUACUCUGCUGCAGAUGAUCCUAGUAUUUUCUAACCAAGAACUUAAGUAUACACAGUAUAGUUUAGUACAUCUCAACCAGAUACUCAAAGUUCUAUGAUUAUUUCUUUUAAAUUACUAGUAGUUAUUUUACUAUUCUAUAUUUAAUUGAUAUGA